AUGGACGGUGACGAGGUUAUCGCCUCCGUCUACCGCAAGAUCGAGCGGGAGAGGGCUCUGAUCCAAGCUGCCACGAACCUGAGGCAGUCCACCGACAACCCCCUCGUCCAACAACGAGCCGACUCAAACAUUCGCGAGAGCCGCAAAAAUAUCGCAUACCUCGAGGAGAAAAUGCGAGAGCUGCAGGUCCGUCGCUUGGAACAAGAAGGCGGUGGCUCCCCCAACAACCAACGCGAUGGAUAUCAAGGUGGCCCAGAUGGCCAGCCCACUGGUGCUCCGUUUGCUGACCCCCGUCCGUACGCUCCGGUCCCCAAGGCCCGGCCCAAUUACACAAAACUUGAUUUGAUCAAAUAUGACACUCAAUACCUCGGGCCGAAGAUCCAGCUCAUGUUGUCUCAGCUAGAGUUCAAGCUGAGUGUCGAGAAACAGUAUAAGGCUGGAAUUGAGAAGAUGGUUCGCUUGUACCAGGAUGAGGGCGAUCGCAAGAGUCGCGCAGAUGCCGAGGGCCGUCGCAUCGAAAGUAAUCAAAAGAUUCAAUUGCUGAAGCAGGCAUUGAAGCGGUACGAGGAUCUUCAUAUUGAUGUUGAGUCCUCCGAUGCAGCAGAUGAUGAGAGUCUGAGCAGCCCCAAUAUGAGGAAGCCGUUGACUGGGCUUCUCACCAUGCGUAUCCAUCAAGUGAGCGAUGUAGACCACGCCAGUGGCUCGCGAUUCUCUCGCGGUCCAGAGACGUUCGUCGUUGUCAAGGUCGAGGAUACAAUCAAGGCGCGAACAAAGGCUACACGGAAUGAUAAGUGGCUGGACGAGUCUUUCUCUAUUGAUAUCGACAAGGCCAACGAGAUCGAAUUGACGGUCUAUGACAAAUCCGGAGAUCGGCCAACACCCAUCGGCAUGUUAUGGAUCCGCCUCUCCGAUAUCGCGGAAGAGAUGCGUCGUAAGAAGAUUGAAACGGAACUCAAUACCUCUGGAUGGGUUUCUGCCGACAAAAUGGGCGAAUCCGGUACGCCUCGAUCAGACCAUAUGGGCUCCCCUGUGGGUUCUUCCCACGGCAGCAACUUCGGCAGUAUGGGCCCCCAGCCAGGACCGCAAGCCCAAGCAGGAAACUCAAAUGCUCCCCCAACUGUGAUGAUUGACUCAUGGUUUGCUUUGGAACCGUCUGGCCGCAUUCAGCUGUCAAUGAGCUUCGCCAAGCAACUCAAGGACCGCCGACCUUUCGACAUCGGUCUCAACCGACAGGGUGCCGUGCGCCAGAAGAAGGAAGAUGUUCAUGAAAUGCAGGGCCACAAGUUCAUCACCCAGCAAUUCUACAACAUCAUGCGUUGUGCGUUCUGUGGAGAGUUCCUCAAAUAUGCUGCAGGCAUGCAGUGCGCAGAUUGCAAAUACACCUGCCACAAAAAAUGUUAUCCCGAGGUGGUCACCAAGUGUAUCAGUAAGGCCAACUACGAGACCGAUCCGGAUGAAGAAAAGAUCAACCACCGCAUCCCCCAUCGUUGGGACGGUUUCUCCAACCUUUCUGCCAACUGGUGCUGCCACUGCGGUUAUCUCCUUCCUUUCGGGCGCAAGAACGCCAAGAAAUGUACUGAAUGUGGUAUUACUUGCCAUGCCGAAUGUACUCAUCUUGUUCCCGACUUCUGUGGCAUGUCCAUGGGAGCCGCGAAUGAAAUCCUUAAGACAUUGAUUCGUGCGAAGAAUCACAACAAGUCCACAUCUGUUAGUUCCGGCCUUAAACACCAUACUCUUCGGCCAGGCGGUUCAUCGCCUUUGCAAGACCAUGCGGCCCUUUCCUACCCCCAGAAGCCCACCGAGGGGGCCUACGGGGCUCCGCCUCGAAAACCCUCAGCGGAUGCGGUAAUCGCUGCGACUAACGCAUACAAUACACCACAGUCAACAUCAUCUGGCCCGCUGCCUAUUCGAGACCGCCAACCCAUUCCACCAAAAUCACCGCCCUCGACAGGACUGCGAACUAGCAGCCAGUCCCAGGCAGCCGUUGAAGCAACUCGGCCUCCUGUUGUUCCUCAGCAGCAGCAGCCACAGCCUCCAUCUCAUGCACCUUACAACCCUGGGGCUUAUGCCAACGUACAACAACCUCCAAUGCAGCCCCCGCAACCGCCUCAACCCGUCCAACAGCAGGUUCCUCCGCCAAACUAUGGCAUGCCACCACCUUCUUUGCCGCCCGUGCAACCUGUACAGAAACAACAGGUGGCGGCUCCUGUGAAGGAGGAGCCUCAAAGUAAGGAGAAGGUCCGAAUCGGCCUAGACCAUUUUAACUUCCUUGCUGUUCUUGGAAAAGGUAAUUUUGGAAAAGUCAUGCUGGCUGAAACAAAGACCACACGCAAGCUGUACGCUAUCAAGGUGCUUAAGAAGGAGUUCAUCAUUGAGCAUGAUGAAGUAGAGAGCACCAAGUCGGAGAAGCGUGUGUUUUUGAUUGCUAAUAAGGAGCGACAUCCGUUCUUGUUGAACCUACACGCUUGUUUCCAAACCGAAACCCGUGUUUACUUUGUUAUGGAGUACAUCAGUGGUGGUGAUCUGAUGUUACACAUUCAGCGCGGCCAGUUCGGUCUGAAGAGAGCUCAGUUCUAUGCCGCUGAAGUUUGCUUGGCCCUCAAGUACUUUCACGAGAACGGUGUCAUUUACCGGGAUCUGAAGCUUGAUAACAUUCUUUUGACCCUUGACGGUCACAUCAAGAUUGCCGAUUAUGGUCUUUGCAAGGAAAACAUGUGGUAUGGCUGCACCACAGGUACAUUCUGUGGUACGCCUGAAUUCAUGGCUCCAGAGAUUUUGUUGGACAAGAAAUACGGCCGGGCUGUCGACUGGUGGGCAUUCGGUGUUCUCAUUUAUCAGAUGCUUCUCCAGCAGUCGCCAUUCCGUGGUGAGGAUGAGGAUGAAAUCUACGACGCCAUUCUCGCGGACGAGGCUCUUUACCCUAUUCACAUGCCUCGUGACUCCGUCUCCAUCUUGCAGAAGCUACUGACCCGUGAACCCGAGCUUCGACUUGGCUCCGGCCCCACUGAUGCCCAAGAGGUGAUGUCGCACGCCUUCUUCCGGAACAUCAACUGGGACGACAUCUACCACAAGCGUUGCCCACCUCCAAUGCUCCCUACUAUCAGCAGCCCCACUGAUACCAGCAACUUUGAUCAAGAGUUCACUAGCGUGACUCCAGUCCUGACCCCUGUUCAAUCCGUUUUGUCCCAAGCCAUGCAAGAGGAAUUCCGUGGUUUCUCAUACACUGCUGAUUUCGCUUGA